UCACCAGGCCCAGAAAGUUGUAGUGAACUGAAAAAAGUCCAUUAGGCUUCGAGGAAGCCCAGUACUAUAACUACGGGCUUAUGUUUCUGUCUUAUGAUUGGGUAGCCCUAACAAAGAAAGUACAAUCGAAACUUGUUGAAGAGGAAAACCCCAUUGGCUGGCUUGAAGAAAAAGAAACAAAAUCUCUUUUACAGUCUUUCUUUCUCUACAACACUCUUUUAUUUUUUGACUCAGAUUAUAGAGACAGAGGCAUUUGCUGCAGUUCGAAUCCUGAAACGACGCCGUUACCAUGUUUAGGAAUCAGUACGAUACGGAUGUGACGACAUGGAGCCCGGCGGGGCGGUUAUUCCAGGUGGAGUACGCCAUGGAAGCUGUCAAGCAAGGUUCUGCCGCCAUAGGGCUCCGAUCUAAGACCCACGUAGUGUUGGCCUGUGUUAACAAGACCAAUUCCGAGCUUUCUUCUCACCAGAAGAAGAUCUUCAAGGUCGAUGAUCACAUCGGCGUCGCCAUAGCUGGUCUCACUGCUGACGGUCGGGUUCUCUCCCGCUACAUGCGAUCCGAGUGCAUCAACUAUAACUACACCUACGAAUCUCCCCUACCCGUCGGCCGACUCGUUGUUCAACUCGCUGAUAAGGCUCAGGUGUGCACUCAACGCUCAUGGAAACGACCUUAUGGUGUUGGAUUGCUAGUUGGUGGGUUGGAUGAAUCUGGAGCUCACCUCUAUUACAACUGCCCAAGUGGUAACUACUUUGAGUAUCAGGCUUUUGCCAUAGGGUCUCGUUCACAAGCUGCAAAGACGUACUUGGAACGCAGGUUUGAGAGCUUCAAAGACUCGACGAGGGAGGAUUUGAUUAAAGAUGCACUCAUUGCAACUAGGGAGACCUUGCAAGGAGAAAAGCUGCGGAGUUCAAUCUGUACAAUUGCUGUGUUAGGAGCUGGAGAAGCAUUCCAUAUAUUAGAUCAGGAGACUGUACAAAAGUUGAUUGAUGAAUUUGAGAUUGUGGCAGAGGAAGAGGUUCCUGCAGCUGAACCUGGUCCUGACGCUGAUCAGGAUGCUGCACCAGCAGAGGGCUCUGCAGCAGCAGAGGGUACUCCCGCCGACCAGGGUGCUGCAGCUGAAGAAGGUGCGGCUCCAAUGGAUAUUUGAGGAUGCUAUAAAACAAUUUGUUUUUCCUUGCCCAGAAAUGAGGUUUUCUAGCAUGUAUUUGUUAUAGUACACUGAUGGUACAAUUGAAAAUGACACAUUUGGAUUACCCUUUACUUCUCUCUCUCUCUCUCUCUCUCUCUCUCUCUCUCUCUCUCUCUCUCUCUCUCUCUCUCUCUCUUCAGGGUGGUAUGCCAAAAGUCAAAUCAAAUGGUUGCUAGUGAACUUGAAUCAAAUUUAUCCUCUAUAAACUUAUACAAGUACUUGAUUUGAAUUA